AUGAAUCGCGAAGACAAUCAAUUGUGUGAACUUGUUCCAUCUCGAAAAACAUCAAAAACAUCCGGAAAUGGAGUGAUUUCACCUGUUCCAAGUUGUCAACAAAUUGCUGACGAAAUGUUGGUUAAUUUUUCAGAAAUACACAGCAUAGCAACAAAAAAAGAAUAAGUUGUUGAAUAUGUUGGGGGAGGUAGAGAAGCAGGUAUCUAUGAGCAUUUUUCAUUCUUUAUUCUCUUUGUAUCUGGGUUGAAUAUACAUUUAUUAUAUUCAUUUUUUAUGGAAGAUGCAUCAGCAAAUCUUCAGAAGUUGUGAGUGAUAUCAUUUUUUGAAAUAGUCCACGAAAAAACCAAAAAAUAAAUAAAUAUAGUUUGUGCUCUUCAUUAAAAAUCACUUUGUGAGCAAAUAUGAACAAUACAAAAUUACAGUUUCGUACGGAAAAUUAAAAUAAAUAUUGACUCAUUUCCGACAUUUCCGAAGAAUUCCCACGCCUAGAUUUUCUUUUUUCUUUUUUUUUCGUCGGUUCAUUUAAUGUCUAAAGAAGUAUUAUAAAUUUAAUUUGGACUUUGAACUGAAAUCGAAUUCAAAAUUUGAAUUACUAUAUGUAUGUGUCAAAAUUUGGGAAGUUGUCAUUCUUUACCUGCAAACGUUAAACUUAACGCGGAGAAAGAUGUUAUCAUGUAAGUGAAAAAUUCAAUAUUGAUAAAAAAUAUAGUUUUCUUUUUUUUUAUUUUUUUGAUAUUAGCUUGUUAAUAUUUUUCUUGAUUUAAUUUGAAUGUGAGAGAAAUAUCAUAUGGUAAAUAUGUGAGUUUUUGCUGUUUUUUUAAAAAGAAAAAGAAGAAGGAAAUGAGAAAAUGAGAAAAGAGAAAUAAUUUUUUUUGAUUGAGCAAAAUUAUUUCGCAAUAAUUUCAAAGAUCGGAAAUUGAGAAAUUUUCAGAGUAUUUGUUUCAGCCUGGGGUUUUCCUCGAAUUUAGAAAUUUCGAAAAAUCGAAGCAUAACUCAAUUUUUAUUAGUUUUCAAGAGCUACAAAAUUUUUUUCGAAAUUUCGAAUGAAAAUUGAAGUUAUGAAAAUAUGGAUAUUCUGAAAUAAAUAUUUUUGGCGUGAUUUUUAGCUUGACUAUAAAAUUUUUGCAGUUGAUAACCUUUUUCAAAAUUCAAAUUUUUCUCAAAAAGUUUUCAAAGAUCAAAUAUUCUCUAGCUCAACCAAACUACAAAAUCUAAUAUUCUUUCACAUUUUCUCAUUCCUCAUCUUCCUUCCCUCUUUUUUUUCCUUUUAGUUUCUCAUGUUAAGAAAUUUGAGCCCGCAUCAAUUCACCACUUUAUAUUCCUUUUUCACUUUCAUUUUCAUUUUUUCAAUUCUCUUGCCACCCAAGACAAAAAAUAAUUACAUACUAACCAACAACUCCAAUAUAAUUAACCCCUUUCCUAAAAUGAGCUCUUUAUCCUACGGAACACUUUCUUUUAAAAUGAGCAAAAAAAGAAGAAGAAGAAGGAGGAGCAGGAGAAAGAAGAAUUAGAUUGGCUCAUUUCUUCACCAAUUUUUCAUCUGUUUUUUUUCAUUCUCUUUAUUUUGGAGCUAUUUGAUGUUGGCUUACCAAUAAAAAAUGAGCAUUUUUGAGAAAUGAAAUGAGAAGCACUAUUCGUAGAACUGUGUGAGUUAUUAUUUCUAAACACCUGCUCUUUUUUUGUCUGAAGACUUUUGAGAAAAAAAACGAAUACCUAACACAAAAGCUCUUUUUUGAGCUUGUUUUCUAUUUUUGUUUUGUUUUCCUCCUUCUUCUUCUACUUCUUCAAAAAAAUAAGCAAAAAAAAAACAAAAAUGAGUGAGACGUGAGUUUUUUAAAAGGAAAUUUUUUGAGAGAGUCAAAUAGAUUCCCAAUUUUUUAUUUUUCAGUGCUCGUAUGCAAUAUGGUGUAGAGACAAGCUUCAAGUCAAGAUUGCAACAAUAUUUUAUUGAAAAUCAAAAGUCCAGUAAGUUUUUUUCUCGAAAGUUCUUUGGUUUCAAAAAAAUGCAACAAAUCUGGUGUUCGUUUCAUUUCAAAUUGAAUUAUUCAUCAUAGAGACUAAGACUAAAAACUUCAGGAACAAGAAACUAAUUCGAUUUGGGGACCAGGGACCACUUUUGUUUAAAAAUUACAUAUUUUGAAAAAACAAAAACAUUUCUUGAAAGAAUUUUCAAUGCAUAGAAAUUAAUUCCAAAACUUAUGCACUUUCAGAAUAUAGAUGAAUCACUUAAAAUUCUUCAGAGCACCAAGGAAGUUUUAAUUAACUUCAGCUAAUUAACAACAAAGUUCCAAAGUUCAAGAAAACUGAAAACUAUUUCCAGGUCUUCGAAUUCGAUUAUUCAAUGUGUUCAUCAAAUUAUUGUCAUGUGUUUUAUAUUGUGUUCGAGUUGUCAAUGAUGAGAGAGAAUUUCCGAAAAAGUUUCCAUAUACAAAUGUUACCGAAGUUGAUGAGAAUAUCACAAUUUAGUGAGUUCUUGGAAUUUUUGAAAGCAAAGCACAUUUUCGGGAAAAAAUAAUCACAAAUAACAAUUAGAAAAGUAUAUUUUUAUUUUUAGAAAUCAAGAUUUGUGCACCCAAAAACUUCAACUAAAAUAAAAAUUCUCAAAUAAUUCAGCAAAACUUAAAACUCCUAACAUACUCAUUUCAGUGACUAUUUGAUAUGGGUGGAUUUCGACAAAGCAACAUGGUUAAUUCAAACAUUUGUAGCAACUGUCAGUAUGGCAGAAACUAUUUUGAUCUUCUAUUUGAGUUAUUCUGGAAGUGUUGUUCGUCUUCUCAUCAACAUUCAUUUCUUAUUAGAAUUGGUCACCAGUUUUCCCUUCAUCCUUUCCGUAAGUCCCCUUUUUUUAAAAGUUUCUAGAGUUUAUUCAUGCACAUUUCCAGAUUUUCAUUCCAAAACUUCAAAAUCUUUUCGUUCCUGUAUUCUUAAAUUGCUGGCUGGCUAAAGGUGCACUUCAGGCCAUGAUGGUGAGACUUUUUAAUUCUGAAAAUAAUCUAAUCCUAAAAGUAUUUUUGUAGAAUGAUUUGAAUCGAAGUUCAUUUAUCAGUAGUUCUGCAAUGUUCCGCCAACUUCUUCUCUUGUUCUCUGUUUUGGUUUGCUUGAUAUUCACCGGAAUGUGCAGUAUUGAACAUCUUCAACGAGCUCGUGGAAAACGAAUUGAUCUUUUCAAAUCAUUUUAUUUUGUUAUGGUCACAUUUUCGACUGUUGGUUAUGGAGAUUGGUUGGUUUUUCAUACCCAGAAAUGUCUGAAAAAUAAUUGUUGAAAAUUUUCAGGUAUCCAGAUUAUUGGAUGUCUCAACUGUGUGUCGUAAUUCUUAUUUGUGUUGCAUUGGGAUUGAUUCCAAAACAAUUGGAAGAAUUAGGACAAACUUGGUCAGAACGUCAGAAAUCUGGAACUGAUUUUAGUGGAUGGAACGGCGUUGAAUCACAUGUUGUUGUGACAAUCACAUUGUUAGAAGUUGAAUUCAUCCGUGACUUCUUGGAAGAAUUCUAUGCUCAUCCAGAAAACCAGAGAAUGCAAGUUGUACUUCUAUCACCAGUUGAAUUGGAUAACCAAACAAGAAUGUUGCUGAAAAUUCCAGUCUGGAAUCAUCGAGUUAAUUAUGUUAGAGGAAGUUCGUUGAGAGAUGAAGAUUUGGAAAGGUUUGUCUUACAACAGAAGAUAUAAAUUACAGAAAACAAUAAAAUUUCUUGCAGAGCAAAAGUGGCGACUGCCAAAGCUUGUUUUAUCCUAUCUGCACGCCAUGUUAACCGCAAAGUCGCCACUGAUGAACAUACAAUUUUGAGAUCUUGGGCCAUCAAGGAUUUCGCGCCACAUGUUAAACAAUAUGUUCAAAUUUUCCGAGCUGAAACCAAGAUGCAUAUUGAACACGCUGAAGUUCUUAUAUGUGAAGAUGAAUUCAAAUAUGCUCUUCUUGCUAAUAAUUGUAUUUGUCCAGGAAUCUCUACAUUCAUCACACUUUUAAUGCACACUUCUCGCGGAGAGUGAGUAGUUUUUUCGUAGUAAAAACAAAACACACAAUCUAAUUUCUUUUCAGGGAGGGCCAGAAGUCCACCGAACCUUGGCAUAAGGUUUAUGGAUUCCACUCAGGAAAUGAAAUGUAUCAUAUCAAAGUUAUUGAUAGUAAAUUCUUCGGAGACUUUGUUGGAAAAUCGUUUAGUUACACAAGUUUUCAUGCGCAUAAGGCUUAUGGAAUCGGAUUGAUUGCAGUUUCACCGGAUGGUGAUACAACUAAAAUGAAGUUGAAUCCAGGGUUGUCACAUACAAUUCAACCAACUGAUGUUUUGUAUUACAUGGGUUUGACUAACGAAGAAUCACUGUUUGAUUUCCGGAAAGAUUUGCAACAUCAACAAAGACGGGCGAAUGUUGCAUCUUCGAUUGCAAACAUCGGAUCAGUUGCAAUCGAUAUGCCAAAUCGAGAGAAAAAUGAUAUGACAACUCGCAAGAAAAACAAAAAGAAGAAAUCAAAAGCCGCUGAUGAAAUCAACCUAAUCGAAAUUGGUGACGUUAUUCAAUCUAGCAGACGCCCAUCAAUCGCAAUGGUGACAGAAGGAACUGUUGAAACAUCAUCAGAUUCAGAUCAAGAAGAAUAUUGUGAUAAAUGUCGCGGUCAUUGUAUUCAACACCGACUUCAACGAACAUAUCCACAAGUUCGAACAUAUAUUGGAACAUCAAAUACUGUUUGUCAUAUGAUGAAAGAAAAACGACCACUAUGUUGUUUGCGUCUUGACGAGAAAUGUGCACAUAAAUCAGCCACUUCUGCUCAUGAAUAUCAAUGGAGAAAUCGCCCUAUUAUAUUGGCUGCUGAUAGAACUUCUAGUGGAAUGUAUAAUUUAGUGAUUCCGCUGCGAGCUUAUUAUCGACCAGUGCAUGAUUUACAUCCAAUUAUUUUAUUGCUUGAGUUAGGAGAUCAAGAUUCACUAAAUGAAGCGUUCCUCGAUGCAAUUGCUUAUUUUCCAGAUAUUUAUUGGAUGCAAGGAAAAAUUGGAAAGUGAGUUAGAAACUUAUAGAUAAUAGUAAUUCAGUAACUAUUUUUCAGCUUGGACUGUCUUCUCCGUGCUGGCGUCAGUUCAGCAGAACAUGUUGUAGUCGUCAAAGAAACUGCAGUCAUCGCCGAAGAACAUACCGCAGAUUGUAGCACAAUUAUUACAGUUCAAAAAAUUCACAGAAUGUUUCCACGUCUUCGAAUGAUUACUGAAUUGACACAUGCCACAAAUAUGCGUUUUGUCCAAUUCAACCCAAAUAAUGCAUAUUCUUUAGCACAAUCGAGAUUUGAGAAGAAGGAGAGGAAGCGGGGUUCACAUAUGCCUUUCAUGUUCCGAUUGCCGUUUGCUCAAGGUGGUGUGUUCAGUGCAAAUAUGAUGGAUCGGCUGUUAUAUCAGGUGAGGGUCUUAGCAACUUACUUUGGAAUGUUAGGGUAAACUUUAUCACAACAUUAGCUCAUUCAUAGCUGUCACCUAUUUUUUCUUGAAAACGUGUUAUUCCAGGCUAUCAUCAAACCAUUUGUGGUUGAUCUAGUCAGACUUCUUCUUGGUAUUGAUCAACAAAGCGGAGGUGGUUAUUUGACUUCGGUAUGUUUUCUAUUUCCAAAAAUCAUUUUUCAAAAUAUGCUUUUCAGUUUGUUAUCACUGAAGAUGAUUUAUGGAUCAAAACCUACGGUCGACUUUAUCAAAAACUUUGCUCUUCAGUAGCUGACAUCCCCAUUGGAAUUUUCCGAACCAAAAAAAUGGAUGCUAAAACGGUAGAGAUCUUCAAACUGAGCCUUCCCCUGAUCUUGUUUUUUCUAGGUUUCACUUGAUCUCCAAGAACAGUGCAAAGAUUUUGAUGUCACUGAACUAGAUAGAAACAAAGAUAUGUAUGAUCAUGUGAAGAAUCGGAUGAGGGUUUUAGGAAUCAAGGAUUCACAUACGUGUAAGUUCUGAAUUUCUAAUUCUCCUCUCACUUUAAUGUUAAGUGGAGCGUCGAGAAAUUUUCAAGAAAUGUAACGUUGGAGGUACCAUUUUGUUUGUAUUUUGUUUGUGUGUGGAAACACUGAUUUGCUUUUACAAAAAACAUAAAUACACGCGAGAUUGAUGAGAAACUUAUCUGUCUUAAAAGUUUUGGCUUACCAUUUCAAAACAUUUCAAAACCUAAUAAUAUUAUUUUCAGUGCUCGAGGGAUCUGAUGAAAAAGCCUUCAUAUCUUACGUAAUCAUCAAUCCAGCUCCAGAUCUUGUGCUUGAAGCCAGAGAUAUUGUAUAUGUUAUCAGAAGUCCGAUCCGCAAGGACGCCACCAACAAACGCAUCAAUCCUCGAAGAGGACUUCGUCGCUGUAAAAAUGUCACCGAAACUAUGGAUUCGGUGCAAGUUCCAACUAUUGUGUAAGUAAUCUUUUUAAUUUACUUAUGUCACAAUAAUUUGGAAUAUUUCAGAAUCGACGAGAACAAUCUAUAG